CUGGCGGUAAAACACUCGGCACGAGCCUCUAUCAGACAUCCACUGUACAGAGUACUGCAUACGAGUAGUAUACUACCUAUCUACCCGGACAUCCCUGGUCAUUCAAUUGCUGCAAAUCAUACACGGGUCCGACCUCAACACUUGAAGGCAUCACAAUUUGUAUACAUAUACAAAUUCAUAUGGGCAAUAUCAUUGCGCACUCGCCUACCUCCGAUCUACUUGACUAGUCGUCUUCUUCCGUUGGCCAAAGUGUAUCUAUAUUUGGCGGCUCGACCAUAGAAAUUACCCUCGCCUCAAUACAUUUAGUAUUCUCUAAUAUGGGCAUACCGGGUCUCGCGACAAGUCUCGAGCCAUAUGCGGCACGGUUCACUUCUACUGAAUUGGGUGGCCAUUCUGCAAUCCUCGAUGGUCCAGCUUUUGCCUACCAUGCGCACAAGCUGGCCUCAGAUACCAACAGUACACGUCCCCCAACCUACGCAGAAGUCCAUGCAAUAGCUAUUCGUUGGCUAAAUGCUUUGGAGACCCUCAACAUCAAGGUGUCUGCGAUCCUAUUCGAUGGCGCUUUGCCGAGCUCGAAGAAGAAUGAGAGGUUUGCAAGACUGCAACAGAUGAUCAAGCGCAUGGUUCAGCUUCGACACUCUUGUCCCGCGACAGCUUGUCCGGUUCCCACCUCACUCGGCUCCAUUGCUUUUGCGUUUCUCGCACCAUCUCUCAUGGAAGCCUUGCAGCUGACCAAAUAUGCCGCGUGUACUCGCAUUGUGCCAGGCGAAGCGGAUGACUGGUGCGCGUACUAUGCUAAGAAGUCACCGCGGAGUGUCAUAUUUACGGGCGAUACUGAUCUCCUUCUUUUUGACUAUCCGCCUGAGACCGUGCUAAUAUUCUUCAAGGAUGUCCUUGGCCUCGCCAUUUCAGACUUGAAAGCGUAUUCACCAUCCCAGUUGUGCCAACGUCUAGAACUGAAAAGUCUGGCCACGUUGGCAUAUGCCAUUACUGUAGACCGUUGGAAGACCAUGAACGAGAAUAUCCAGGUUGCUCGCACUUGCGACCUCUCGUCCGAUUCUUACAUAGACUUUAGUAGGCGAUACCAGCACAUCGUAGCACCGUCACCCACGGUAGAGAAGACAGGCAUAACUUCUGCUUUGCAAUGCCUGGAUGUCAGAUUCUCUGAAUUUGUACACCAGGCCCUUGCACCACCCGAACUGGCCCCGGACGUAUACCUGCCAUUACUAUUUGAGGAUCCGAAUGAGGCAUCUGCCUGGAAACUGGGACUAGAUGUUCGGUUGCUCGCAUACUCGUUAGUGAUGCCCCAGCCAAAGAAGGUAGUUCGUGAGUACACACGGCGAGCACAGGAUGCUGCGGUCCAGGUGCACUCCCUUCCCGUGCCAGAUGCAGCCAGACUCGUCGGAGCAAACCUCCUUGACACUCUCGCAGCAUGGAGUGUGCCAGAGUUAACUGCCCGGCAACGCUGGUAUCUGGUUUCUUUCAGGAUCUCCACGGAGUCCAUCAAACCGCCGCACUCUUUUCUCGUAGAGCGCGUUAUUCAGGACGAUUUCGACAACACCUGGUCCUAUGUCCACUUGAAUGCUCGCUUGCAGGCGACCCUUUACUCUUUAAGGAUGCUGAAGCAGAGUAUAGAGAUCUGGUCAGGGAUAGACCAUGAGCAUACGGAUCCGACUAUGUGUGAAACUAUAGAAGCCUUGAGGGGUUCCCUGAGUACGCUCCCUUCUAUCGCUGAUCUCUUUGGCGUGCCGGGUCAGUCCUCGUCGCCACCCGAGACUAACGCGGACCUACAUCCGAUCAUCAAACAGGUCUAUCAAUCCGCGGGCAUAGACCGGGAAGACCUGUUCGAAGAACCCAAAUCGAAGAGGCAGAGGAAGAGAGAAAAGGAGAGGAGGAGGAAGGAGGAACGUGCACAGGAGGGUCGUCGAGAGCACAGUAGUAGUAAUAUAUUCAGUCUGCUCCAGCAGAGGAGCAACGCUUGAUGCUCCAAACUGCUUGUCUUAUCUGUAUAUCAUGCGUACGAUGCGAUGCGAUGCAAUGCGAG